AUGAACCCAAUACGAAUACGUUUCGUAGCGAUAUCUGCCACAGUCAGCAAUCCGCAAGAUGUCGCGGAAUGGCUCGGAACUACUAAUAAACCUGCCGUUUAUCAUAAGUUCGGUGAUGAAUGUCGUCCGGUAAAACUAAAGCGUAUAGUUGAAGGGUACCCUUGUCCUGUCGGCACCAGUAUAUUUAAAUUCGACAUCAUACUAAAUUACAAACUGUGGAAUAUUAUACAAAAAUAUCACAAUGGUAAACCUACAUUGAUAUUCUGCAAUACAAGAAAAGGUGUUGCGUUAACCGCUGAAGCUCUCUCCCGAGAGAUCACCGUUAGUUUUAAUAUGGAACAAAAGAACAAGCUUACGGCAUUAGCAUCUACUAUUAAGAACAAAAAAAUUCAAUCCCUAAUACUUUCUGGAGUCGGAUGUCAUCACGCCGGCCUGCUCUUUGAAGAGAGAAUGAACAUCGAACUUGCUUUUCGGAAUCGUGACCUACCUAUUCUUAUUACGACUACUACACUCGCUUUAAGUGAUCAUUUAAAUAAGCAAAGGAGUUCUUUAAAAUUUUCAAAUACUGGCCUCGACCAAGCA